AUGGCGGCCUCUUCAACCACCGUUCUAGAUGAUCUCGAACGCCAGCGCCUGGAACUCGAAGACAACAUCCGCAAACUCCAGGAAUCCCUCUACCACUGGCGACUAUGGGAAGCCGAAUACGACGGUCUAAAAGAGGAAGUCGACUUUCUAGCUGAUUAUGCAUCAAGGGAGGACUAUCUGCAGGCCGCUCGCGAUUGCGGGGGCGUUCUCGUCAACGAAGAGGAAGUCAAAGUUCUUCUGGGUGACAAACAAGGCGUGUCGCGGACAAGACAACAGAUUAUCAACGUGAUCUUGAGACGAAUCGACUAUGUACGCCAGAAUGCAAGUACGAUAGAGAAAAGACUAAGGGAUGCAGAGGACAAGCUCGACGCAUUGGCUGGAGAAUUAGGUUUGGAUAUUGACCGAGAAAGGAAAAGGGCGUCUACUGCUACAGAGGCUGAGGAGGAAUUCCCUGUGACCGAGAUUGUUGAGCAGCUGGAUAAGGAAGGAAGGGUUAUUUCUGGCACGACUAUGACACCUGGAUCCCAGGCUCCAGAGCUAUUGGAGAUCCUGAAGAAAGUCGGUAUCGAGGAUAUUCCUGAUGUUCCGAAUAAAGAGCAAAAGAAAGCAGUAGCGCAGCCGAAGGAGGUCGAGGAUGGGGCCAAGGCACAAGAAACAGAGACUGCACAACCUGCCGAAAUUGAAGGCGACACGGAUCGGGCUUUACGAAGCGAAGAGGAAAAGCAAAGAAGAACUGGCGCAUCUGAGCCACAGGAAUGCGAUGUCAAGGGCGGACAGACAACACUCGAUUCCGAGAAGACAGACAUAACACUUCCUGAGCAUCUCGGAAACCAUACGUCCAUUGCCAGGGAGCAGUCCGAAGAAAAUAAAGAGCUGCCGGUUACAGAAGUUGACGAGUCCCCAGAAGACGCGAAGUUGAGACGCGAGAUGCUGCAGUAUGGUCUAAAUGAAGUCGGUGCCGUAGUUGCGGAACUCGAAUUGGAUGAAGACGCGAGCGACAUCACCAUCUCCGACGAAGAAGGCUCUUAUGGAUAUGAUUCUGAGGACUAUGACGAAGAGGAUGAAUUUGGACGAAGCACGCGUUCAGUUCUGAGUGAAGAAUACCGCCAGCAGAUGCGCGAACUAGAGGAGAAGCUGAAUGCCCGGGGAUUGUGGAACGCUGGAAAAGACACACGAUCACUUCCAGACGAUGUGAGGUAUGAACUCGAACGGCCUCAUACGGCUAAAGUUGAGGAACCCCUUGAAGAAAACACCACCGAAAAUACCAUUUCGGAGAAAAAGCCGAAGAGGGUUGCCUUUGCUGAAGAACUCGACAUCGCUCCCGCUACGAAGCCUCCAUCUUCACCUUCACAGACGAAGAAACUCCCACCGAGACAGCCCGAUAUACCCGUAUUAUCGGAUUCAAUCAUCGAGCGAACGAGUCAAGCUGAACAGCCAAGUCGUGUUCAGCCCAAGGCUCCCAAGAAGGUCUCUCGCUUCAAGAGCGCUCGAAACGAUACUGCUCCUGUUGCUGCUGCUACAGCUGCUUCUUCCAGUUCUUCUCGACCUUCUCAACGCCAUUAUGCCGUCCACAGACAUGAACCUUCAUCCUAUCCCCUUUCUCUGUUCCCCGCUAAACCAAAAGAACCCAAACCCUUCUCCCAACCCAUCACCGACAUUUGUGAACAGAUGCCUCGACACUCCUCCCCUCAACCUCCACAGGAUAAGAUCUUAGCGGACAAGCUUUUUGAACGGGAAGUCUCCCAAGGGACUGCUGUACCACCAGAGCCCGAUGAAUUGGACGAACAGCUUCACCGGAAGGAGAUUGCCACCGAGUUCUACAGGAUGCGUAAUAGGAUGAUCCAACAGCAAGGGGGCUUUGUUGAUGACGAGGAGCCUGAAACAAUGCCCGUAGAGACGGAUGAACCUGUUAAGCGCGUGAGAAUUCCUGGCAACAUGAUUAUGCAUUACCACAUUGUUAUAAUCACUGCCAAAAUCUCCAAGAUUAAGGAUAGACAGGGCUAUCUGGCUGCAUCUUUGGCACUUCACCCUGUAUGUACUGUGCUUGCUCUUUCGAGUUGGGUACCUACGUACAAGUAG